ACGGGGGAGAAUAGCUAACCUGCUUACGAGUCAGGAUCUGGAGUGUCUCAGAAGCUUGCGGGAACCCUAAGAUGAUGACCUUAACGAGUUUAAGCAGUCCUGACCCUUGAGUCAGUGGCACAGAUGUGCCUAAAUAGCAGCUCACCUCAGAGACCAUUUACUAAGCUUUGGAGUCAUGAGUCUGGAGUGGGAGGCCAUCUGGGCCAGCGGGAGGGCUUCCGUUCUCCCGGGCACUACACUGAUUAGGGGAAAGUUCCCUGGCCGGAGCAGCCACCAACAAGCAGCCGGGCCAAGGGCAAAGAGAGGGGAUCCCUUCAGCUUCUGUCUGCUGUUGACAUUGGUGGGGGAAACGGAAGAGUUUUGAGCAAAGAGGGUGUGUUCAACCUUUGCCUUGGAGUUGGGCUUAGAAAGAGACUGGGAUGCGUGGAGAUUCUUUGGGGUCUGUUAAGGUGGUCCAGACACGAGCUGUGGGGCCUGACCCCCCCCCAGUAGUAGUGUGGGAGAUGUGAGCAUAAGGGCAUCACUGCAUGAUACGGAUGGACAAGACCGAGAGCCCCUGAUUGGAUUGGGAAAGUAGAGCCCGCCUUUGAGGCUGUGAAGCCGGGAGACUGCAGGGUAGACCUCUCUCCACGGGAACAGGGAAGGAGCGGAGAGGUUAAGAAUGUUCUGUUUGGGGUGGGAUUGGAGAUGUCUCUGGGUUACUCAGGAUAUGCAUAACGGGCAGUUAAGAGCAGUACGGGGUUAAGUUGAAAGGAGGAUGGCUAUAUAGCAUUGGGAUACACUGGGAUACCCUGGCAGUUUAAGGCUGAGAGUAUAGUGAGGCUGUACAGAGCCAGGAGAGAGCGGCAGGAACCGAGCGGGGAGCGCCGGGGAAGACGGCAGCAGUGACCCAGAAAGGCCUAGAGAUCUUGGGUAGCUUCAAGGAGCAGUUCUAGUAUCUGGAGGCAGUCAUCAAAGGGUUGGGGAAUGAGUGGGUGCAAAAGUGCAAGAGACUCUUAGUAGAUUCUAGGAGUAAAUGAUACUCUCAAGAAAUCUGGCUAUGAAAGGGAGGAGAGAAGUCUCCCAGGAUUUGUUCAGUCCGAGUACUCUGUUAAGGAAAAGGGGGCUGAUCAGUGAGACAGGCCCUAGAGGAGCAGGGAAAGGAUCUCAUUGAAGGAACAAAGCAAUGGGACCUUGACUAGGCCCGGACUGCCCUGUGGAGAGUAUAGCCAGAGAGGGGCAGGACAGGAGGGCGUUCUCUGACUUUUUGGCCGGGUCCCACAGCGUUAAGUAUAGGGGACGUGUUUUGUUCAGCUAAGUUCCCGAGAGGCAGCAGGGCACAGCUGGUCCUGCCCACCUGGGUCUCUUCUCCGGGUGAGAGGGGAAAUCAGAAAUAAUGAAGAAACAUGAGCUUUUGAACAUAUCGCUGCAUUAAGCAACGUGCCGAUUGCAUAACAAAUCGGGAUCAGGCCUUGACCCCAAAUGAAGGAGGAGACAUUUAUUUGCAUUAAAAGAAAACAAGCUAGAAAUCAGGAUACAAGAUAAACAUUUUUAAUGGGAGGAAAGAUUAGGGGCUUUCCAGGUUGGGAGGGGGUGAACAGGGUGCAAUUCCCUGAAAUCAGAUAAAGGCAUCCCACUUCCCCACCUCCCAAGCAUCCGUGAGCAAAGGAGCCCGGAAACAGUGAGUGAUGAACCAGCACGAAGCUGGAUUUCAGGGAAGACACGGGUUGUGAGAAAAGUCCUGGUGCGGAUCUUUGGAUCGAUGGCAGGGGUCCUGAGCUGGGAGCGUGAGCAGGGGGAGGGGGUCCAGCUUUCCUGCCACAAAGGGCAGGCUCAAACAGUGCAAUAAAGAUUUCUCCUCCAGCUUUCCCAAGGAGUGCCUGGUCAACCUCUGCUUGAACUCGUCCAGUGCUGGGGAACUCACUCCUCAUCUCUGUGUGGAAGUUCUUUUCAAAUAAGGUCUUAUCAUGGCUGGAGUCAAGAAGACCUGAGUUCAAAUUCUGCCCAGCCGUGUGACCCAGCUAGGCCACCUUCUUUCUGUCUGCCUCAGUUUUCUCAUGUGUGAAAUGGAGAUAAUUAUCCCCUGCCUCCCAGGGUGGUGGUUGGGAUCAAAUGAGGUCAUUGUGAAUGGCUUCGCUCUGCCUGGCACAUCAUGGGCCCUCUAAAUGUUGGCUGUCAGGGGUUUCCUUUGAGUUCUCUAGGCGAGGGCUGUUUUCACCGUCUGCCUGGAGUGUUUUUCACUUUGUCCCUCCACGCGAGUCCCUGUUCUCUGUGACGCGGUGAUUUUCCAUUACGCUCACGAACAAGAGUUGUUCACAAAAGGCACCUCCGCUUCAAGCAUUUGUCAUCUGCCACGUGCCAGGCAGGCACUGCUGGGCACUGAGGGCGCCUCAUGGGAAGGAAACAGGCUCUCUCCAGAAUGAACCCACAGGGAAGGCACCGGAAUUCAGGGGCAGCUGGAAGGUGGGAUCCUAACUGGGCCUGGAGAAAACCAGGAGGCAGGAAGAGGAGGGACAGUAUGUCCAGCAUGGGGAUGGCCAGUGGGAAUGUGGGUUCAAGGAGGCCAGAGCGGAUCUGGCCGACGCUGGAAGGACAAUGGAAAGAUUUUGGGGGAUGGGGGUAGGUUAUGAAGGGCCUUGAAGACCUGAGGGGAAUUUCCGUUUGAUCCUAGAGGUCAUGGGGCCCACUGGAGCUUAUUAAAUGGGAGGGAAGAGUGGUAGGGGGCCCACUGUGGCAGCCAGGGUGACUUGGUCAGACUUGCACUUCCCUGCUGUGGUCAUUGGCUUGGUUAACUUGGGGCACUCGCAUGCUGCUUCCUGGGAUUCACUGCUCCCGAGAGCUUUUCCUCAAACUGAGCUUGGCAUCUGUGCCCAGGACCGAGCACCCCACGGGGUUUCCCAGAAAGGCUGAAUCUGGGCACUCCUCCACCACCCGUGCUUUGGACCUGCUGCUGGGCCCCCUGGGCUGAGUUCUAGCAUUAGGAGCCUGUUCCCCCCUGAUAUUUGUGAGAGAAUCUCAGGUUCUCCUCUCCCAGCCCCCAUUCCCCUUCAGGCUGACCCACCCCACUCUGUGAUAGUGGCCAGUCCUGAUUCUGCCCUGCUCACUCCCCAUUGGCGGGACACGUGCGGACUGUGUGGGACAGCAGAGAGCACUUCGAAGAUCGCUUCUGAUAAACGGGACGCGCCCCUUCUUGGGGCUCAGAAGUGCCGAGGAGCAUCUCCUGGCAGGGCGAGAGCCCUGGAUCCAGUACCAGUAACCAGUAGGGGUUUCUAACCUUGAAUGGCGGGUGUAUGUGGGGCCCGUGCUUUAAAAGGCUGGUUAACACCCCCUGGGUGGACGUUUCGGGGCGAAGGUACCUUCUGGUUGAGAUGUGACAGGGAGAGUUGGGGGAUUUAUGAUUCAGGCUGAGCAAUGACCAUCUUUUCACCUGUCUCGGGCCCCUCUGGGCAGAGGAGCCGAGAGGGGGAGGUAGGGAUUGGCUUCGGGUCACAAGGUUGGCCCACUGUUGCCCACGUUCGGCGCCUGGGAUUUUGCUGCCCUGGAGAUCCCAGAAGACGCGCCUCACGUCCUGUGUAGGGCAAACUGGCACCGAGUCCGCUUAGUUGGGUUUGCCCGAUUUUGCCGCAGGACUUUGGAUGAGUCCCCGUUAUCCCAGGGGGACUUCCUUGGGUCCUUCCUCCCAGUGUGUUGGUACCAGCAGGCAAUCCAGACCGGGAUGCCCUCCUGUUCUCCACUUAAAGGACAAGGCCUGCGCUCCCUAGGCUGGGGGAGAAUCUCGGGUCCGGGGGGGUUAUCUUUUCUCCAUGGGGGAGCCUUUCCUCAGUUCCUCUGUAAAAUGGAUCCGCCCUCGAGGUCCGAAGGCGGCAGAAGAAGCCUUUGGUUGCUGUGGCUGUGACUUGCCUUGGCCAUCAUACGUCCGUUGGGGGAGAAGCUCGUUAAUUCUUCGGGGAAGGCCCCGGAAGUUCAUGGACAAGAAGGGGCGGAUCCCUCUCCCUGCCCCCAGCCCUCCUGGUGCUGGGCCCUGAAGCCUGGCCUCCCUCCCUGGCAGGCCCUGGACCAGGGGAGAACAGCCCCGGUGGCCGAGUCCUUCCCGCCCGGCCCGACGCUUGGUUGUGUCCCAACUGCUGCACCACAAGGAGGCGCCACCUCCCGGGGGCUAGAGGCCGGGCGGGGUGUAUUCCCAGGGGCCUUCCCAUGUUGGCACGCGGGCGGGCACGCGCCCUAGUUCCGCCCAGCCUUAGGGGAAGGGGCUCUGCCUGGGGGGGGGCAGGGCCCUAGAACGCGGCUCCCUUUGUGAGGCGGCCCGGCCUGCGGCACGUUCCGUGACUCCCUGGCAGGAGGGGCUGCAGGUCCGGGUCCUGGGGAGGCUCGCCGCCAUGCUGGGGUCCCCCCUUCGGACGGGGCUCGGGCUCUUCGCGCUCUCCCUUGUCCUGGCAGCCGCACACCCUCACCCUGAGCUGCAGAGGUAUCGGCCCGCCUUCAUUCCCGAAGAGCCCGACAUCAUGGAGCUCCCCAACGGCCUGAUGGAUGAUUACGGGAUCCUUCCUAAGCACCCGAGGCUUCGAGUCGCCCGCCCCUUCCUCUCCAGAGCCCAGAAGCGCAAGCGCGACGGGCCCGAUUUGUCCGAGUAUUACUAUGACGCCCACCCGUGAUGAGCCCCUAUAAAGUUCUUGUCUGCA